AUGACUCGCUUCAAUUUCUACUCUCUCUUACUCCCAUUGUCCUGGGCGGGUGCGGCUUUUGCAGGCCAAACAGCGACCGGCGAUGAGUCCAUCCUAGCCAAAGAGGCCGCAAGAGCCAACAACCAGUCUCUGCUAUGGGGUCCCUAUAAGUCAAACCUCUACUUCGGAGUGCGCCCUCGAAUCCCGGAAAGUUUAUCGGCCGGAUUACUGUGGGCGAAGGUGGAUGACUUCGCUACUGCCCAGGGGAACUUCAGACACACCUGUGAACAAAAUGAAGGAAUGGCUGGUUACGGCUGGGACGAAUAUGAUAUCCGGAAGGGCGGCCGCCAAACGAUCCAUGACGCUGGAAACUCAUUGGACCUGACAAUCGAUUUCGUCAAAGUCCCCGGUGGAGAGCACGGAGGCAGCUGGGCUGCCCGUGUCAAGGGUGUGCCUCGCGAAGAUGCCCCUCCCGACCAACCUACAACCAUUAUCUUCUAUUCGACUCUGGAAGGUCUCGGCGACUUGGCUGUCACAACUGAAUCCGAGGACCCUCGGGGAUUCGAAGGCGAUGUGAGACUUUCUGGAAACACGCCUGAUCUCGGUGACUUUUCGAUCGAUGUGACUGCGGGCCCCGAAACCAACGAACACCCCGAGCACGACCACCCAAGCUACGAGGAUAAGCCAUUGGAUCGCACCUUGGUCUCUAGUUCUACCGUUCAAUCCGAGCAUGUUUGGCAAACAAAGGUUAUCCUGUUCUCGCAGAUGAAGGGCGAAGUCAAUGAAAUCAUCCAAAAAUAUGGACCAGAUAACCCUCCUCCGCCUCCUCAAGUUUUCUCCAUCAAAAAUAUCCCAGGUGAUGGAAACAUUCAUCUCGUUCAAAAGGUGUUCAAGGGCGAGUUCGAGUUCGACAUUCUUUUCUCUUCCGGCUCUUCACCCCAGCCUGUGACAUCCGAGAAACUGACCGAAGAGAUCGCAAGCGCCUCGCUGUCUUUCGCUGAUCGGUUCGAAAAGAUUCUUCCCCCACAGGCCCCCUUUGACUCUAAGGACUACUUUGAGUUCUCUAAGUCAAUGCUCUCCAACCUUGUCGGCGGCAUAGGCUACUUCUACGGAACGGAUGUUGUUGACCGCUCGGCAGCUCCAGAGUAUGAUGAAGAAAAUGAGGGCUUCUGGGAGGAGACGGCAGAAGCAAGGGCCAGGGCCCAUGCCGUACUUGAGGGGCCAAAGCAGCUCUUUACCAGCGUUCCUUCUCGGCCGUUCUUCCCCAGAGGUUUUCUCUGGGAUGAAGGGUUUCACUUGAUCCCGGUUCUUGAAUGGGACACUGAUCUGGCGCUCGAGAUUGUCAAGAGUUGGCUCAGCCUGAUGGACGAGGACGGCUGGAUUGCUCGAGAGCAGAUCCUGGGCUCCGAGGCCCGCAGCAAGGUUCCGCCCGAGUUUACUGUCCAGUACCCUCACUACGCCAACCCCCCGACCCUCUUCAUUAUACUAGAGGCCUUCAUUGAUCAGCUGGUAGCAAACAAGAAUAUCUCGGUGGAUAGGUCCCAAGAAGAUCUUACCGAAACCCUCGGAUCGGUCUACAUCCAGCACCCCGAAUUGGGUGAAGCAUACAUUCGCUCAAUCUAUCCUCUCCUUAAGAAACACUAUGUCUGGUACAGGAACACCCAAAGAGGAGAAGUCAGUUCCUAUGAUAGAGAGGCAUUCUCGUCUAAGGAGGCAUAUCGCUGGCGGGGCCGCUCUAUCCAGCAUAUCCUUACGUCCGGACUGGACGACUACCCUCGUGCGCAGCCUCCGCACCCGGGCGAGCUCCACGUCGAUUUGAUCAGCUGGAUGGGCAUGAUGACUCGCGCUCUUCGUCGGAUCGCGGAGACCCUGGGCGAAACCGAGGACGCCGAGGAGUUUAAGGUAUACGAAACGGCCAUCGAGCGAAAUAUCGACGACCUUCACUGGGAUGAGGAAGCACAGACAUACUGCGACGCCACUAUCGAUGAGUUUGAGGAAAGCGUCCACGUGUGCCACAAAGGAUAUAUUUCCCUUUUCCCCUUCCUUACGGGCAUGAUCGGCCCGGACAGCCCUCGUCUCAAGGCCAUCCUGGACUUGAUUGGCGACCCUGAGGAGCUCUGGAGUGAUUAUGGAAUCCGUAGCUUGAGCAAGCAGGACGAAUUCUACGGAACAGCUGAAAACUACUGGAGGAGCCCUAUCUGGGUCAACAUCAACUAUUUGGUGUUCAAGAACCUAUAUGAAAUUGCAACUACGGCUGGUCCUCACCAAGAGCAAGCUCGUGAGCUGUAUUCAAACCUGCGGAAGAACGUGGUCGAGAACGUCUUCAGGGAAUGGAAGGAAACCGGAUUUGCCUGGGAACAGUACAACCCGGAGACCGGCCAAGGGCAGCGGACGCAGCAUUUCACUGGCUGGACUAGUAUGGUGGUGAAGAUGAUGUCGAUGCCCGACCUCCCCGCAAGCAAGCAGACCGGACAUGAUGAGCUGUAA